CACCUUGCUUCCCGUUCUUUUGUAUAAAUUGAAUAUAGACUUCAACCCAGACUUUCAAUUUGCAGUGAUUGAAACAGUACCCCAGUUGGCAACACAUAAGCUAGCUGUUCCUCCUGUUCUCAAUGUUAUCCGGGUGCUACAUUCUAAUACAAAUUUACGACCAUUAGCUAUCAGAUGCUCAACCCUGUUGUGGAAAGAACAACCUCGCUGUUUUCCCUUCCUUCAGAAAUUCAUCACUGGAGCAAUCAGCAAACAAAUUUCUUCUGACACUGAAAUUGAUGAGGUUCUACUUGCUAAAGUUGCAGCAAUCAAGGAAGUGUGUGAAAACAGCCCAUCGCUACAUGGAGCAGAGCUUUUGAGCACAUUGUCUUCCAUCUUAAACCAAUGUACAGAAGACAACAUGGGGCCAAUAGCAGCAGUUGCAUUACAAGGAAUUACUGCACUUUGUACAGCAGAAGUUAUUGAUCUGAGAACAACAUGGAAAGUUUUAGCACCAAGGCUUACAAAAGACAAGAGACCGAUAGUUAUCAAGAAUUUGUUUGCAUUCAUGUCUCUUGUUUCACAAGUGGGAGUUCCAACUGUAGAUUAUGAGAAGUUUAUGUCAGACAUUGUGUCACUGUUGUGGAGGCACAUAUCACUUGAAAAUAAUCCUCUAACUGUUGGAGCUGCAUACAAGACAUUGGCAACAUUUCCUGCUAACUUACAUUCCCUUAAGUUCUUGCCUGACCAGGCUAAGCAGAACUUGAAGUUACCAUCAUCUUUUGGAGCCACUCCCUUUGAGAUGGCUAAGCUACCGGAAGAUGUUCUAUCUUACACACCUGGCUAUUGUUUUAUUGAUCUGUUGAAAUCUAUUGAUGAUUUGGAAGUUCUUAAGGGUUAUGAGUGCUUCCUGGCAUCAUUGGUUAGGCAAGAGGUCAGUGAGCUUCCAAGAUCAAUAUAUCAUCAAGCUAAAACAAACUCAAGGUCAACUAGACAAAAUAAGGCAUUAGAUGGAAUUCCAGGGUUAAUGUGUAACUUUUAUGAAGCUAACAAAUUACCAGCUAUCCAAGGAAGCUCAGCAGUGGGUGUAUUAUUGUCUUAUGAGCCACCUUUGGAAUUGGGAAAAGAUGGAGCUCCACUCAAACACUCUCUUGUGUCCCAAGGACGUUUCUAUGAGCAAGUUCUGGGAGCAUUAGUACAGGAUGUACCCUUGGAUGUAUCAGAAUGGAGGAGGUGUAUGAUAAUACCUAAUGGUUGGAUAAGUCUUUUGGAAAGAGCAUUCACGACUAUGGAACAAGGACGACGUAUUGAGUUGGAGCUUCUAAAAGCACGUGGCAAACUAGAUGGGAGUGACCAAAGCUUCAAUGUGAAAUUAGAGAAGAGUUGGUUAUGGUAUGCAAAUUUGUAA